AUGACUAUUCUUUUUUCAUUUCUAAUAAUAUUCUCUGGAUAUGGUAUCCAAUGUGAACUUAUUCGUCAAUGUACUUGUGAUGAAAUACGGCAUUGUCGUGAACGGAUGUUAAGCCUCGUAAAGCCAUGUGCUGAUAAAUGUCAGCGAUAUGCAAAUAAGGUGGAAGCAAACUAUGAGAUGUUGAAAAAUUGUUUUCUGCAAAAUGAGGAGAAAUUAUCGCAAACAAUCAAUUGUACACAGAAUAUUUUCCAUAAUGCAUGUGCAACAAAACCAGGAUACUAUGUUCAAAAGAUAUACUUCGAAUCAUUAGAAAUUGCGGGACUUGCUGAAAUUAAUCGAGUGCUUGGAGAUUAUGCGCGAACCAUACAACCAUUAAUAGCAAUUGGACGACGUUUCUUGAGAUGUGCAAGAGAUUGCAUUGAUCGAUCAAGUAAAUAUUGCUAUGAUCAUCUCAAAUGUGGCCUUAAUUUACCAUCUAAUUCGGAAAUAAUACAAAAGAGUAAGCAUUGUGCAAUCAUUAAUGGUUUUGAUAAUAUUGCCAUACAACAGAUAUGCUUCUGUGCUGCAUCUGCUGGUAUCAGCGACGAAGCUCGCCUGAAUUGGUAUUUUCCAGAAGGUGAGAUCAAUUUGCGCUGCGGCGCUGUGGUGCCAAUUUCUAAAAGUGAGCUGUCAUGA